GCAGUGCAUAGGCUUCGCGCGCCCGUUAGUCUUUCUCUCCAUCCGUGAUGGCGGAGGACAGCGAGUCUGCGGCCAGCCAGCAGAGCCUGGAGCUGGACGACCAGGACACCUGCGGCAUCGACGGAGACAACGAAGAGGAAAAUGAACACACACAAGGGAGUCCCGGUGGAGACCUUGGUGCAAAGAAGAAAAAGAAGAAACAAAAGCGGAAGAAAGAAAAGCCUAGCUCAGGAGGAACCAAGUCUGAUUCUGCCUCAGAUUCUCAGGAGAUAAAGAAUCCAGCCAUUCCCAUGCAAAAGCUGCAGGACAUUCAGAGGGCGAUGGAGCUGCUGUCUACAUGCCAAGGACCUGCCAAGAACAUAGACGAGGCCACUAAGCACAAGUACCAGUUCUGGGACACUCAGCCUGUCCCUAAGCUUAAUGAGGUGGUGACCACUCACGGGCCGAUCGAGCCGGAUAAGGAAAACGUACGACAGGAGCCGUAUUCCCUCCCGCAAGGUUUCAUGUGGGACACACUGGAUCUCAGCAAUGCUGAAGUGCUGAAGGAGCUGUACACGCUGUUGAACGAGAAUUACGUCGAGGAUGACGACAACAUGUUCAGAUUUGAUUAUUCUCCUAACUUCCUCAAAUGGGCACUGCGCCCGCCUGGAUGGUUGCCUCAGUGGCACUGUGGUGUGAGAGUCUCAUCCAACAAGAAGCUGGUGGGCUUCAUUAGUGCCAUUCCUGCUGAUAUCCACAUCUACGACACGUUAAAGAAGAUGGUAGAGAUCAACUUCCUAUGUGUGCAUAAAAAGCUCCGUUCCAAGCGUGUAGCUCCGGUUCUGAUCCGAGAGAUCACACGCCGGGUCAACCUAGAGGGCAUUUUUCAGGCAGUCUACACCGCUGGGGUGGUACUGCCCAAACCUGUCUCCACAUGCAGGUACUGGCAUCGCUCUCUAAACCCGAGGAAGCUUGUGGAGGUGAAAUUUUCCCACCUUAGUAGAAACAUGACGCUACAAAGGACCAUGAAGCUCUAUAGGUUACCUGAUAGCACACGCACUCCGGGGUUGAGGCCGAUGGCAGCUGGUGAUGUGCAGCAGGUGACGGCACUGCUGCAGAAAUACCUGAGCAAGUUCCACCUGCGGCCCGUCAUGGGGGAGGAGGAGGUGCAGCACUGGUUCCUCCCUCAGGAGAACAUCAUCGACACAUACGUGGUGGAGGGUUCUGGUGGCAGGUUGACUGACUUCAUCAGUUUCUACACGCUGCCGUCCACAGUGAUGCACCACCCGCUGCACAAAAGCCUAAAGGCUGCUUACUCUUUCUACAACGUGCACACAGAGACACCGCUGAUAGAGCUGAUGACCGACGCGCUCAUCCUCGCAAAACUGAAAGGCUUUGAUGUUUUUAAUGCUCUGGAUUUAAUGGAGAAUAAGACUUUCUUGGAAAAACUCAAGUUCGGAAUUGGAGAUGGGAACCUUCAGUAUUACCUUUACAACUGGAAGUGUCCUGGCAUGGAGCCUGAGAAGGUUGGCCUCGUGCUCCAGUAACCAGCUGCUACAUUCAGGUCCACAGGACGCGUGCGGUAGUUAAAAACAAAACAUGAAGCAAAUCCAUUCAGUGAAUGAGUUCCAUCGUGCAGCUCUCUUAGGUCGUUUUUGUUACGAGAGGUUCUCUCGUUAAUCUUUCCUCUUUGAAUAUCGGCAGAAUGUGAAAAGCAUCAGCUUCAGACUGAUUUCUUCUUCAUACUGUAAACAAUUCUUUUCUUACGACUUGCAUCGACUAUUAUCGUCCCUCUUUUUUUUUUUCUUUUUUUUUAGACAAGCGCACGUUUCUGAGAAGAACGGUAAACUCCCUGCUACUUUGUUCCGAGUCAGUGUGAAAGAGCUAGAACCUGUAUUGUUAAUAUGCGAUAUUUAUUACGUGUUGUGGUUUACAAAGGGACCGAGAAACGGACGGGGCAGGGAGGGUCACAUCCGAAGUCUUUACCCUGGAACCCUGCUGCGGUUCCGGCUCUCGGGUUGGGUUUUGCUGCGUACAUGUGAAGAAUGUAUCCCUAUUUUUUUUUCUCUCUCCCCCCCCCCGCCCUUCGAAGCACAACAUGCUCUUAAUAGGGCUUGAACGCUUUAGCGUGCAUUUUUUUUUUUUUUUUUUUUUUUUUUUAAAAAGAUUAUCCUUUUGUGUUUAGGUCACGAGUGUGUGCAAACCUAGAAGAAUGUGAAGCCUCGUUUUAAAUUUCCUUCACUCCUCUGUGUUCGCUCUGUUACUUCAAACAAUUCUGAUAUUUAGAAUUGUAUUUAUGUUCUGUUUGUAUCAUCCGUUAAUCAUAUUAAGCAUGUGCUGGGGAAUUUUCACACACAAGCACAAAAGAAGCAGCCGAGACGAACAAUCACGUGCGCGUUGUCACUUUGAUGAUGCUGCGGUCUUUUUAGCUCAGCUUUCCCUGUGCUUCUGGUUAUGUGCAGCAGAGAAAUUGCUCAUUACUUGAUUUGAUCGCUGUCACGUGGGACUUGGGGACUUACAUGAGGAAAAAUAGCUGCUUCUUUUUUUUUUUUUAUACACAGUAGAAAAUGCUUUUGUGUUCCUGCUUCUCUUGUAAUUGACAAAUGUAUCCGUGUCUUCAGGCCUUUAAAGCACAUCUAAAUUACAAUCAUAUAAAGAACUAGACGAUAAUCUCAUUUAAAGUCAGACGAUUAUACUCAAAUCCAGGUUUUUGCUUCGUGAGUGUGUGCGCAUAUGUAUGUGUACACACACACAGUCCUAAAGCUUGCCGUAUGAACCUAGCAUGAUUUUUACAUCGCCCCCCCCCCUUCAUGAAAGUCACCCAAAGUACUUGCCUUAUUUACGAGGUCUUUUUUUAAAAUACCUGAUGUAGUUUUGAAAUGACGCUCAGCUUUCUCUGAAGAUUUUUAUUAAACUCCAUUGCAGGUUGUGUGAACUUCAAAUGAACUUAAAAGAAAA